AUGGCAUCGUGUGGAUAUUCUACGUUUGUUGGAGGGCCCUGUGGAGCUAGCCCUUCAAAUCCUGCUGAUGCAACGUGUGUAGCACUAGACAAAUGCACAAAAGACGUCAAGUCUCACUUAAACCAAUAUGACUGCUUUGAUUCGUCCUUGAAAACGGAAGCAGAUCUUCUUCUCGCAAGAGCAGGUAACUGAUUUGCACUGUAAAUAAAUAAAGCCUUUCCGAUGAGUUGAUCAAGUUGAUGCACUUUCACUGCUUGUUAUUAUAUGUCAUUCGUUUUAUUUUAUUUUAUUCAUUAAUAUUAAUUUGUUUAUGCGUGGCACGGCAACUCGAAAGACCUCUCAAAGGCAGCAACGUAGUUCCGGAAUUUGACUUACUAACUUUUGAUACUAACAGCUAACACAUUUUGCGAUUACCACAGGAUUGCUACAUGAAUUCACUGCGGCUUCUUUAUACAUUUUGUUUCAGGGAUUUUCGAAGUCGAUGAUAACCAUAUUAAAAUGUCGAUUUGUCCACGACAUCGAGACGCCUUUGGUAUACGAUGGCGUAGCGGCAAAAGAACAUGUUCGGCUCCAAAAGACUGGGCGGCGCAUAAGAGUAAACAAGUCAAGGGAGAUCGGGGUAUCACCCUACCACAAUGUAAAAGGAUCUUUAGGCUCACUUCAGUGCUUGUUCCAGUUGCGUCUCGUAAGUAA